AUCUCUGGGACUUUUCAACAUCAGCGAAAACAAUUUUUGAGUAGGGAUAUCACAGUUUUAUUUUACUUUGGAAAUGCAAGCAAUCAGGUCUCUCUUCAUCCCCACAUGGUCUUCAGAUACACGUCUAGAUGGGAAGACAGCUAUAGUGACGGGGGGCAACGCUGGAAUAGGAAAAGAGACAGUUAAAGACCUGGCUAGCAGAGGCAAGAAAACAGCGCUGCACAUGCGCCCGGGUGAUCUUGGCGUGCAGAGACAUGGCGAAGGGAGAGCAAGCUGCUUGCGACGUCAUGAGGGAGGUGAAGGGAGCGAAGGUAGUCACCAGGCAACUGGAUCUGGCUGACACCAAAUCAAUAUGCCAGUUUGCUGAGAAUAUCUACAACACUGAGAAAGCUCUUCACUAUCUGAUCAACAAUGCAGGCGUGGCUGUGUGUCCUUUUGCCAGGACAGUGGAUGGAAUUGAGAUGCAGUUUGGAGUCAAUCACUUGGGUCAUUUCUUCUUGACUUUUCUGCUGCUGGACUUGCUGAAGCACUCGGCCCCAUCUCGGGUCAUCAACCUGUCAUCAGCAGCUCACCUCUUUGGCAAGAUCCAUUUUGAUGAUCUGAAAGGGGAGAAGGAUUACCAUCACUUCAGGGCCUACGCACAGAGCAAGCUGGCUAAUGUCCUGUUCACCAGAGAGCUGGCCAAAAGGACAGAGGUUCUAGGUAUCACAGCCUACUCAGUUGACCCCGGCUUCGUGAACACUGACAUUUUAAGGUAUAUAAGGCGCCCUCUUCUGGAUGUAGUCAAGAACUUCGGGUUUCUGAUCAGGACCCCAGCAGAGGGAGCCUACACCACCAUCUACUGUACCGUCACUCCUGAGAAUCAGCUGGUCACUGGAGGAUACUACAGAAACUGCUCCAGAGCAGAGAGCUCCAAUGCCGGCCAGGAUGACGGCACAGCCCUGAAGCUGUGGGCUGUGAGCUGCCACCUGUUGGGCAUCCGCUGGAGAUAAACUUCACCUUUGAUCUGAAGGCUAAGACAAAUGUAACAGCUUCCAAUAAAGAAACAUCCCUGAUAUAGCA